AUGGGUUGUGUACACGUCAACGCUCCAGAGCUUCGCCCACCGGGCCCAAAUCAGUCUGUCUAUCGCGAGGACUGCACUCAGUGUUUCGACUCCAUAGACGACCCUUCCGGACUAAACGUAUGCCUCUUCUGCUUCAACGGAGGCUGUACCGGCGAACGGAAUCAUGCGCGACUACACUACGAGACUGUCAAACACCCUCUUGUACUUAAUGUCAAGCGGACACGCAAGAGGAUAAAGCGAGACGAGCCUCCCCAGAAAGUGUCCAAGCUCGCCAUCGCCGCCGAGACGGAAACAGACCGCUACGACACCACCACUCAAGUAAAAUGCUACGAGUGCGAGAUAGAAGACGUAGACGAGACGGCCGGCAAGCUCCCUCAAGUCGUCGAUGCUGUUCUCAAGGCAAACACAUUUGCUCGACAAGAGGAGGUCAAGGCGUGGGAGCAGGAGCUGACUGCUUGCGAACAUACACUAUGCCUGGAACAAGAAGCACCACGGGAAAUCGCAUCCGGAGAUCUGGGUCACUGCUCGAACUGCGAUCUCAAAGAGAACCUCUGGCUAUGCCUGACAUGCGGCAACCUGGGCUGCGGUCGACCUCAAUUUGGUGGGAUCGGAGGCAAUGGGCACGGCGUAGCGCAUACGAAUGAAUCAAAGCAUCCAGUGGCGGUCAAGCUUGGCUCGUUGACCGCGGAUGGUACGGCAGACAUCUACUGCUAUGCAUGCGACGAGGAGCGAGUGGACCCAGAGCUGCCCGCGCAUUUGGCACACUGGGGCAUCGACAUUCGGGGUAGGGAGAAGACGGAGAAGAGUUUGACGGAGAUGCAGAUUGAGCAGAAUCUGCGAUGGGAGUUUUCAAUGACCACCGAAGACGGCAAAGAGCUAAAGCCGCUCUUCGGCAGCGGCUUCACAGGCCUGAAGAACCUAGGAAACAGCUGCUACAUGAACAGCGUUUUACAGUCAAUAUUCUCCAUGCCAGAGUUCCAGCAACGCUACUAUCACCCGAAAGAUACCCCACCAGCCACACUGACUCCGGCUGAGGAUUUGGAGACCCAAUUGCGCAAGGUUGCAGACGGACUGUUAUCUGGCCGUUACGCCAAACCCGACAGCGAUGUCACAGUGUCUGAACAUACGCCUGAGGUACCACACCAGAAAGGUCUGGCACCAGCUAUGCUGAAGCACCUAAUCGGUCGAGGUCAUGAGGAGUUCUCCACCAUGCGGCAACAGGACGCUUUCGAGCUUCUGCUCCAUCUCCUCAAGCUUAUCACGCGUUCGCAGCACGCGGCUCCGCUGCAGAAUCCGGUCGACGCAUUCCGGUUCGCAAUGGAGCAACGACUACAGUGCCUCAACUGUAAGAAAGUGCGCUACAAGAUCGACGAGCAAGAGAACAUCUCGAUUCCAGUGCCGAUUAGAAGGAUUCCAAAGGAGGCACGGAUGACCUUUACCGACAACGAUGGCAAGGAGAAGGAGAAGGAGGAAUUUGAGCCGGUGACCCUGAAGGAGUGUCUCGAUAUCUUCACCGCAGAGGAGGUAGUAGAACUCAAGUGUGCGUCAUGCGGGAGUAGCGACGGCUUCUCCAAGCGCAGCCUCUUCAAAACGUUCCCUACAAUACUAGCAGUUAACGCUCGCCGGUUCGAGCUCGUUAACUGGGUGCCCACGAAGCAAGACGUCCCCGUAAUCGUUGAUGACGAACCAAUCCCUUUCGACGCCUAUAAGUCUGCUGGCUUGCAGGAUAACGAAGAGCUUCUUCCAGAUGACGCCGACGCAAGCGCCGCACCGAAAUUCGUACCAAACGAGGGCGCUCUGUCGAUGUUGGAAGGCAUGGGCUUCCCGCGCGUCCGCAGCGAGAAGGCCCUUUAUGCAACCGGCAACGCUGACCCGGAGGCAGCGAUGAACUGGCUUUUUGCACAUAUGGAAGACCCGGACAUCGAUACACCAGUAGACCUCGGAGGUGGGUCCGCUAGUAACAAGGCAAGCACAGCCAUCGACCCGGAGAGCAUUGAGAUGCUCGGUAAUAUGGGCUUCAAUGCCCCUCAGGCGCGGCAAGCGCUCAACGAAACUGGAGGAGAUAUGGAGCGAGCGGUUGAGUGGCUGUUCAGUCAUCCCGAUGCUGCUGGUAAUUUUGACGAUGGCUCUGCGGCAGGGGGGACAUCAGACGCACCAUCUGCCGAACCGAAGGAGAAAUUGCUCCCUGGUAGCGACAAGCUACCGGCACGCUUCCAACUCCAGUCCAUCGUCUGCCAUAAGGGAAGCUCGAUCCAUGCGGGUCACUACGUAGCUUUUGUUCGCAAGCAGAUACCGGAAGAAGGCUCGCCUUCAUGGGUUUUGUUUAAUGACGAGAAGGUCGCCAAGGCUGCUGAGGUGGACGAGAUGAAGAAGUUUGCAUAUGUGUAUUUCUUCCGGCGGGUAUGA